AUGGAGACGAAGGCGCAGAAUUGCUUUUUGUGGGUACAUGGAGCGCAUGCGAGCCUAGACAGGGGGCACCAGGCCGACGGGAGGGUGGAAGCCUCCGCUACAAUCCACACCCUUGGAGGCGACCUGUUUGAGGAGGUAGAUGGCAGGACAUGCGCCAGGAUUGUGACCGGGGAGAGGCAGGUGGACGACGGGCUGGAAGAAAGGGAGAUGGUGGACGCGGUCGGGAUGGAGGAGAGGGUGGACGUGGAGGAGGGGAUACGAGGGGGGGGAGAGGACAGGUAG